AUGGGACGCAUUUGCUCUGCUCAAGGAGUGAUUCGAGGCACCCUUGUUGCGAGUUUAAUCAUCUCUAGUGUCAUCGGACGUCACCAACACGACGUACCUUCUUGUCGAGUCAUACCUGGAGACGAGCAAUGGCCGACCGACGAGACCUGGGCAGACUUCAACCAAAGCAUCUCGGGCAGACUGAUCCGGACUGUGCCGAUCGCCUCCGUCUGCCAUGGCUCGACUUACGAUGAAGGGAAAUGUGCCACACUCCGCGACAAUUGGUUCUUUCCUGCUACGCAUCUCCCAUCUUCUUCGUCGCCUAUGGCAUACGAAUGGAGCAACGACAGCUGCAACCCGUUCACGCCACCCGAGGCACCCUGUGUGAUCGGCAACCACGUCCUCUAUGCCGUUAAUGCGACAGGUCUUUCCGACUACCAAGCCACUCUUGCCUUUGCGAGCAAGCACAAUAUCCGUCUUGUGAUACGAAGCUCCGGUCAUGACUACCUGGGCAAGUCGACGGGUGCACACGCUCUCGCGUUGUGGACAUUGCAUCUCAAAUCUACACAACUUCUGCCGACCUUCAAGUCCUCGACCUAUGCCGGAGGCGCCAUGAAGAUUGGUGCCGGCGUUAGCGGUGGAGAAGCACAAGCUUUCGCGCAUUCGCACGGUCGCGUUGUCGUCGUUGGCAAUUGUCCAUCUGUGACUCUGGCUGGUGGAUGGGUCCAAGGCGGUGGUCAUGGUAUUCUCUCCUCGAAGUACGGCCUUGGUGCCGAUCAGGUCCUCGAAUUCGAGGUGGUCACAGCAGACGGAGAAUUGCUGACAAUCACGCCGUAUAACGACCACGCAGACCUCUUUUGGGCGCUGACAGGAGGCGGUGGCGGGACGUUCGGUGUGGUGCUGUCAAUGACGAUCAAGACCUAUCCGGAGACACCUAUCUCGAUUGCCCUACUUACUGUUACUCGCCCACCGAACCGGGACCCCAAGACCUUCAAGUCCUUCUUCCGUACAUUUCUCAGCACCCUCCCGGCCACACUCGACAGCGGCGUAACGGUCAUUUGGGCUCUUUUCCCGACCGCAUUCAUGAUCUUUCCGGCUGCUGGGCCAGACCUAACAGCUCAGCAACUCGAUUUUCUGCUUCAGCCUACCAGGGCCCGCCUGAAGGAGCUCGACUUUCCAUACGAAUACUCUUCCAACACAUAUCCCGACUACCCGUCCGCAUUCGCCUCGGUCCCGCGCACCUGGAACGCCUCCGACUACCACAUGAACGGCCGCCUCAUCCCCAGAUCCCUGGUCGAAACUUCUAAUGACGGCGGGCCCAGCGAGGAGCUCAUCGACGCGCUCCUACACAUCGGCAACCUAGCCGGCAACGCAGGUGUUAGCUACAACCUCAAUGCCAACCUGCCGGCCCACCCAGUCUCAGUCAACCCAAAACUGCGCAGCACGAUCUUCAAUCUUGCGCUCGGCGUUCCUAUCAACUACACCGCUGCUGUACCGCAGCAUUCGUAUGCUGAAGCGCAUGACUUCAUGAACAGCGUGCUGUUGGAGCCGAUAAAGAAGGUCGCGCCGGAUGGGGGUGCAUAUCUGAGCGAGGCGAGUCCGUAUGAGAAUGAGUGGAAGAGAGAUUUCUACGGUGGAAACUAUGACGAGCUGUUGAAAGUCAAAGACAAGUACGAUCCGGUGGGCCUGUUCUACGCCUGGACGGGAGUGGGGAGUGAUCGAUGGGUUGAGCGCGCAGAUGGCCGACUGUGUCGUGUAGAGUUUGCGAAGGAUGAGAUUGUCCACAGUGAGCUGUAG